AUGUUUUAUAUUUCGUCAGCAUGUGUGUCAUAUUUUGUUGUCUUUUUUGUUAGUGUGUAUGUGUUUGUGUGUAUUAGCUCAUCUGCGGCCACAGAUGCAUGUGAAUGUCCCUCAGUUCCUGUUGGCUUCAUUUGAUUUAAGCCUGUUCCCUUGGCAACAGAACCGGGUGCCCAUUCGUCAGUUGACAGAAGCAGACAAUAUGAAGUGGGUGGGAGAGAUGAGUGAAGAGAGCGAUAGAAAAGAUUUCUGCUUAUUCGGAGAGAAAUAUCGAUAUCAGGAUGAAGAGACUCCGCCCUUGGAGCAUAGCCCCGCCCAUCUGGCUCACAGUAAAAGUGCUGAGAUGCUUCACAUGAGUGAUAAGAAUCUGGCUGCCAUGGAUUCCAUGCACAGUUACGCCCCCCACACACACAUCUCACCAAUAAAGCCAGUGUUGCUAUCCUCUGGUCAAACCCCUCUGUACACCUCUGCAGUCUCCACACUGGCGAACUCUCCACCUGUAGUGGUAAAUACAGAUACAUUGGAUGGCUCACCUUAUGUGAAUGGAGCAGAAGGAGAGAUUGAAUAUGAAGAGAUUACUUUGGAAAGGGGUAACUCUGGUCUGGGCUUCAGUAUUGCUGGAGGUACUGAUAAUCCACAUGUAGGAGAUGAUCCCAGCAUUUUCAUAACCAAGAUCAUUCCAGGAGGAGCUGCAGCACAGGACGGGAGACUCAGAGUAAAUGAUAGUAUUCUGUUUGUGAAUGACGUUGAUGUUCGGGAAGUGACCCACAGUCAGGCGGUGGAGGCCCUUAAGGAGGCGGGCGCUAUCGUCAGACUUUAUGUAUUACGCAGAAAACCUGUGGCUGAGAAAGUCACCGAAAUGAAGCUCAUCAAAGGGCCAAAAGGGCUAGGGUUUAGUAUAGCGGGCGGUGUCGGUAACCAGCACAUUCCCGGAGACAACAGCAUUUAUGUCACAAAGAUUAUAGAAGGAGGGGCUGCGCAUAAGGACGGACGACUACAGAUUGGUGACAAGAUACUGGCGGUGAAUAAUGUGUGUUUAGAAGAUGUGAUGCAUGAGGAUGCAGUGGGGGCGCUGAAGAACACAGCAGAGGUGGUCUAUCUCAGAGUGGCAAAGCCAAAUAACCUGUACCUUACCAACAACUACAACCCACCAGACCUCACAAGCACAUACUCUCCGCAGCUGGACAUGGAUCUUGGACAUCCAAACUUCCUUGGUUCAGAUUACCCACAAGCCCUCACUCCCACCUCACCAAGCCGCUUUUCUCCUGUGCUGCAUGGCUUGCUGGGAGAUGAUGACUUACCCAGGGACCCGAGGCGUGUUGUGAUCCACAGAGGAUCAACGGGUUUGGGCUUUAAUAUAGUUGGAGGAGAGGAUGGUGAGGGAAUCUUCAUCUCUUUCAUCCUGGCAGGAGGCCCUGCGGAUCUGAGCGGAGAACUCCGCAAAGGAGAUCAGAUUCUGAGUGUGAAUGGUGUGGAUCUGCGAGCAGCUACGCAUGAACAAGCAGCAGCUGCUUUAAAGAAUGCUGGACAAACGGUCACCAUCAUCGCCCAGUAUAGACCAGAAGAGUACAGUCGAUUUGAGGCAAAGAUUCAUGACCUGAGAGAGCAGUUAAUGAACAGCAGUAUGGGCUCUGGGACCACAACCUUACGUAGUAACCCAAAAAGAGGAUUCUAUAUCAGGGCUCUGUUUGACUAUGAUAAGACAGCAGACUGUGGUUUCUUGAGUCAGGCUGUGGGAUUCAGGUUUGGAGAUGUGCUGCAUGUUCUGGACUGUGGAGAUGAGGAGUGGUGGCAGGCCUGCAGAGUCAGCCCACAGGGCGAUGAGGAGGAGGUUGGCUUCAUUCCAAGCAAGAGAAGGGUUGAGAGAAAAGAGUGGUCGCGAUUGAAGUCAAAAGAAAGGGACCGAAGUCGAGACAGUACAGGCUCACUGGCAAGGGAAGAUCCAGUGAACAGUUAUGAGACAGUUGCGCAAGUGGAAGUGCACUACGCAAGGCCGAUCAUUAUUUUGGGUCCAGUGAAGGACAGAGUGAAUGAUGACCUUCUCUCUGAGUUCCCAGAUAAGUUCGGCUCUUGUGUGCCUCAUACGACACGACCCAAGCGGGAGUAUGAGGUGGAUGGGCGGGACUAUCACUUUGUGUCAUCCCGGGAACAGAUGGAGAAAGACAUUCAGAACCAUCGAUUCAUUGAAGCGGGCCAGUACAACAGCCACCUGUAUGGAACCAGUGUUCAGAGCGUCAGAGAAGUGGCUGAACAGCAGGGUAAGCACUGUAUUCUGGAUGUGUCUGCAAAUGCUGUUCGAAGGCUACAGGCUGCACAGCUCCACCCAAUUGCCAUCUUCGUACGGCCCAAAUCACUGGAGAACGUCCUAGAGAUAAACACACGUCUAACUGAGGAACAGGCCAGGAAAGGCAUGGACCGUGCUAUUAAACUGGAGCAAGAUUUCCUGGAGUGCUUCUCUGCAAUUGUGGAGGGUGACAGUUUUGAGGAGGUCUAUCACAAAGUGAAAACUGUGAUUGAGGAGCAGUCAGGGCCUUAUAUCUGGAUUCCCACCAGGGAGCGUCUGUGAGAGCCAACCCAGAGCCGAACCACCUCGUCCAGUCACCAUUUGGCCUACCUGUCCUGGACUGUGGAGCUCUGACUUAAAGGGCUCACAAAAACAGACAAAGAGAGAGAGAGAGAGAGAGAAAGGAAUUAAAAGAGAGGAAGAAAUCAAGGAGGCAACAGGAAAUGAUGGCAUGGAGCUGCACCUGCCUCCAGUUUCCUCAUCCAGCUUUGUAACUUCCUGUUUCUGCUUUUCACUUCCUAUCUCGGUCUUUCUCUCAGUCCUUUUCUCUUUCUCCCUCUCAAUAACAUCCUCUUCCACAGGAUUAGUGAGCUGUUUUUAUGAACAGGGAUGCUACAAAGAAAUUUUGUAUAUUGUCAGAUUCCCUCUCUCUCUCUCCGAAUGGGAGACAAUUCGAGAGGGAAGAGCGACCACCUUGGCUUUUACUGGAAUGAGACAUUCAAGAGCAAUUCCUAAUUAAAGGAGCUUGUUUUACAAUCCUAAUGGUGAAUUGAACUGAAUGGAAUGAAAGUGUAUUUAUCAGUAUUAAUAAUGCUCUGAAAUAUUCAAUAUCAAAGAUGUUACAACUCAGAGACUGACAUUAACUCAGUCACCCAGUUAUCAGCAUUAAGGGUGUUUCAUUUCUUUUUAGUUAUUUGAUAUGAAGAGGAGCUUGAUUUGUGCUUUUUGACAUCCAAGAAGGACCGGUUGACAAAACAAGAAGUUUGUUCUUCGAAUGUUCCCCAUAAAGCUGAAGUGUGCAAUUUUUUUUUUCGAUGUUAAUAUACUUUCACCUAUCGUAUCUUAAUAUGCAGAGUUAUGAGCUAUGAGUUAUGAAAUUGUAGGUUGAUUUCCCCCAAAAGUGUAAACUUUCAAAAAAUUGCUCUGUUUGUUUGAGCAUCCUGAUCAGCCCGCAACAGUGUUUCAACCAAUGAUGUGAGUUUGGGGCAGGACUGUCUGCUUGUUUGACCAAUGGCAGAAAAUGGUUUGAAUUAUUUUUUUUUGCUAUUUCAUUUGGUGACUCUGAAAUUACACACUUCACUUUUACAUUUUGCAGCCAUUUCAUCACAUUGAAUGGAAAAAAGGAAGGGUUUGGAUGAUAGUGGAGAAAAUGCAGACAGUGAAUUUCAUUCUGUACAUCAAGGAAACUCCAUAUGCUUCAUAUUACGUAUUUAUGUUUUCUUAGAUUUUCUUGCACUCACAUGUAAACAUACCCAUUUAGACAUAAGCAAACAGACAUUUUUUGCCUUCUUUUAUCUGAGACUUCUUGCAAUAGCCCUAUUGAUGUUUUCCUUUUAAAUGAAAUUAAUUUGCUCAGUUGGAUUUGCUCCCUGAGCGUGCCGCUCUCAAACAUAUUGACUCCAGGCUGCUCUUUAUUGUGCAAUAUCAGGAUCCUCGGCAUGUGUUCUUCCAUAGUCUACUCAUAAUGGAACCAGUUUUUGCCAUGCUUAUAUCAUGAAGUCAUUGGUAAAUUAUCAAAAAGCUUCAAACAUCAAAUAUUUGGUCAUUUUUACAUACCUAUUGUUGGAUUUCAGUUCAGUUCUAAUUGGCAUUUGUGCUGAUUGGCUAAGUUCACACCGCAAGCGAAGUGCCCAAAUUUUGAUUUGGGCAAUACUCUGACAUUGAUUAAUUAAUAUAUUUAUUGUAAUAUAUUGCAUAGAGUUGCCAACUGUCCCAUAUUUUUGGAAAAAUUGAAGACGUUCUGUAGGGGAUGCAAUCAAUAUAAUAAAAAAUAUCACCGAAGCAAUCAAGAUGUUAAGUCAGUGAAAGGUGCCGUUUUCAACACAUCUGUACACCCUGCCGUCGCAUAGGGUUGCCAACUAUGUCAUGUUUUGGCCAAAAUGAAAACAUCUUGUAUUUAAUGCCGAAAUGUUUGACAUAAUCGGAAGGCGAAACAUCCUGUAUUGAACGCAUCUGUUUAGUAAUGAGUUUUAACACCCUGCCAUCACAUAGAGUUGCCAACUGUCCCGUAUUUUGGCAAAAGUGAAGACGUCCCGUAGGGGACGCCAAUUAUACCAUAUUUAAUUAGUGAAACAAUCAAGAUGGUCAGUCGGCAAAAGGUUCUGUAUUGAACACAUCUGUAUAGUAAUGAUGUAUAACACCCCGCCAUCACGUAGGGUUGCCUAUGUAGCUAUCUCGUAUUUUGGCCAAAAUGAAGAAUUUUUUGUAUUUAAGCGGUGAAACGCUUGAUGCGGUGGAUGGUGAAACAUCAUAUAUUGAUGGCAUCUGUGUAGUAAUGAAGUAUAAAAUCUGCCAUCACAUGAGGUUGCCAAAUAUCCUGUAUUUUGGUUGAAGAUGUACCUUAGGGCAUGCCUAUUUUCCCAUAUAUAAUUUGCAAAAUGCUCUAGACGGUCAGUUGGUAAAAGGUCCUGUAUUGAACAUAUCUGUAUAGUAAUGAGAUGCAACACCCUGCCAUCGUGUAGGGUUGCCAACUGUCCCAUAUUUUGGCCAAAACCAAGACGUCCUGUAUGGGACAAUUUGUGUCUUAUAUUUAAGCCUUGAAGUAUUUUUAAGUAUCCCGUAUUUAAGUAAUGAAGUAUAACACCCUGCCGGCUGAAGUAAAGACGUCCUAUGGGGACACAUGAUGGUCAGAUGGCGAAACGUCCAAUAUUGAAGGCAUCUGUUUAGUAAAAAGGUUUAACACCACACCAUCGUGUAGGGUUGGCAACUGUCCAGUAUUAGCUGGGAUGUCCUGUAUUUUGGCUGAAAUGAAAACAUCCCUUUCGGGACACCUUUUAUCUUGUAUUUAAACAGAGAAACACUCAAGGCUGUCUGGCGGCGAAACGUCCCACAUUGAAGACAUCUGUAUAGCAAUAAGGUAUAAUGCCCCACCAUCACGUAAGGUUGCCAACUGUCCUGUCUUUUGGCCGAAAUGAAGAGGUCCUGUGUGGGACGCCUAUUUUCCCGUAUUUAAUCAUAUUUGGGCCACAUUUAUCUGCGGUGUGAUCAUAGCCUUAAUGACCAUUCAGCACAUCUAUAAACUCUGCACACACAUUUACAUACACACACGUACUAUCAGGAAAAUGUUGUGUUUUACAAUGGUUUUAUGCUGUAUAUCAGAUUAUAAUUGACUAUUGUAAUGGAAUUGUAGAUGCAUCUCGACAUCCAAUCAGUAGACAUCAGUUACAUUGCACCAGAUUAUUGCUGUUUUGAUUACUUUGCCAUCAAAAAGUUGAAGAGGAGCUGGUCUUGAAGCUCUUGUUAUAUUGGAAUAUGAUAGUAGGUCCAGCUAGAGAGUUUAGCUUGGCUAAGCAACCAAUUUGCCUGCCUCCAAAUAAUUAUCCUCCUCAGAUCUCAGCGCUCACUUGUAAACAAUUUUUGUGAGGCUUGACAUACGUUGGUCCAAAAACGUUUGGACACAUACAGUAAGUCGCUUAAAAUGUAUUAAUGUAUUUGCAUUGGAUAACAAAAUAUCAAACCAAGUGGCACAUGCAAACAAAUAAUGCUAAAGCUUUUGUUAGAACCAACUUCAUUUUUUGAGUAAUUUUGCAAAGACAUCAACUAGUCUCAAAGUGAUUUCUAGUGGAUGUAUUGAAGGUCAGUUCCCCUUAAGUUCUCACAGGUGUCCUAUCAGAGUAACCACGGGUGCAGUUAAUCACAUUAACUUUGUUAGUGAUUGAUAUCCAGAAAGUUCACAACUAAUGUGUACCUUCAUUUUAAACAGUAUGUCCAUUGUUUUAUCAUUUAAAACAUAUCGAUCAUUUGUGAGAUUUGUAGCUUAAAAUACCGGUAUGUGCUUGUGCUUAUCUUUAUUUAAAAAUAAUUGCCACUUUGUUUGGUAUUUUGUUAUAUAAAGCAAAGACAUUUUUUAAGUGUGGCUAAAGCGUCCAUAUACUUUUUGGGGCCACUGUAGCUCCCACUUCCACCCCAGCCAACAUUAGAAAGGCAGAUCGAUAAAUUGGCUUUUUUGCCAUUUUUGUGCCAUGACAGUGAUGCUGUAAAAAUCGAUGCAGUGCUUUCUCCAAGGACUAACACAAGGACAAACAUCACAGUUUGUUCAUAACACAGUCCAAUGAUUCGGUUUCGACUGAUGCGUUUGAUUAAUUUGAUGAUUUUUUAAUGUAAAUCAGUGUCGUGAUCUGUGAUGGUUUAAACAGACUGUGAACAAUCAAUUCCAGGUUAUUCCAAUCCAUUUGAAAUUAAAGCUGACCCAAUUUUUGUGAAAGACUAAUAAGAGUGAAAUAUUUGCACUUAUUAAAAGGAAAGAUGAAUGAUGCAACAGACACUAUGAUUUCUGGCAACGAAGAAAAUGGAGAAAGAACGAGAGAGGGCGAACUGGUGGCAUUUUUACUUUCGCUUCAUUUCUUUUGACUUUAUGCGUUUAAAUUUCGAUGUUUGAGUGUGUUUGGAGUGCAGUGGCAAUUUUUUUCCUUGAUGUUUUCUUUUUUCAUUUCUUUUUGUUAUAGAUUUUAUAUACUUGUUUUCCUCAAGGGGUUGUUUGUUUGUUUAUUCAGUUGUUUACUGCUUUGUUUACAUCUGGGUUUCAUGUGAAGACAAGCACUUUUGCUUUGGUUUCCAAAGUGGGGCUGCACAAAAAUUCUAAUUUACUGUGAAUUUUAAAAACGUAUACUUGCACGCAUUUAACACAUUGAUACUAUUUUAAACAUAGCCCUUAAAUACAUUUCCCUACUUAUAUUAUUGGCCAUACAAAAGUAAUAAAAAAUAAGAACAUACACUCACCGACAACUUUAAGGAACACUUGUACACCUACUUACAGUAUUCAUGCAAUUAUCUAGCCAACCAAUCAUGUGGCAGCAGUGCAAUGCCCAAAAUCACGCAGAUAUGGGUCAGUUAAUGUUCACAUCAACCAUCAGAAUGGGAAAAAAAAAUUUGAUCUCAGUGAUUUUUGAUGCCAGAUGGGCUGGUUUGAGUAUUUCUGUAACUGCUGAUCUAAUGGGAUUUUCACACUCAACAGUCUCUAGAGUUUACUCAGAAUUGUGCCAAAAACAAAAAACAUCCAGUGAGCGGCAGUUCUGCGGACGGAAACGCCUUGAGAAUGGCUAGACUGGUUCUAGUUGACAGAAAGGCUAUGGUAACUCAGAUAACCACUCUGUACAAUUGUAGUGAGCAGAAUAGCAUCUCUGAAUGCACAACAUGACAAACCUUGAAGCAGAUGGGCUACAACAGUAUAAGACCAUGUCAGGCAUUGCACUGCUGCCACACGAUUGGCUGAUUAGAUAAUUAUAUGAAUAAAUAGGUGAACAGGUGUACCUAAUAAAGUGGUUGAUGAGUGUAUAUUGCUUUCUAUAUAAUAUGGGGAAGCAAAUACACCUGCACAAAUGUACACACACACACACACACACACACAUUAAACGAUGUAUUACCAAGAGAAAUAUAUGACUUUUCUCUAACUAGAAUGAAUUAUGAGUUCACAUUUAUUUAUUUAUUUGAAAGAAUCAAAUGUAUUUUAUCGAUUUGUAUUUGCCAUAACAUUAUUCUAAUUAUCCUCAACAGAGAGAACAUACUGCUUUUAUUUUAAAAGAAUUAUGAAAAUACAACAAUGCCAUAUGAUGCAAAAGUAUAUUUAAAUGAUAUAUCUUUAAAGAGAGAUUUACCAAUGACAGUAUCGGACUAUAAAAUGUUAAAUUUCAGUGAGAUGCUUGUUGUAAAUUA